CUAUCUGACCCUGUAGGCCUUGGCUUCAUCCCUGGGUCCUUCCUGUGCCCUCUAUCUUUGUGGCAGUAGUACUGAUAUAAAAAAGCAAAGUGCUAGUCAGCUAGCCAUAAUGAGGGAAUCAAGAGCAGGGGGGGACCAUGGAUUUCAUCAGCAUUCAGCGAUUGAUAAGUGAUGAGAGAACUGAGGGCAAAAAUCUGGGAAUCGGACAUGGAAUCCUUGAAUCUGGAGGCUGGAGAGGUGACCCUGGACUGGGUCCCCAAGAGACUGUGGCCCUGGAGAAGCAAAAGUUAGCUGAAGAAAAAAGGAAGAAACUCCAGACUUUUAACAAUUCCAGGCUCAGGCUUGAGAGCCUAGCCGACUUGGAGAAAUUGGUGCGGCAGAGGAAAGAAAAACGCCUGAAACGGAGGGUCCCCCCCAGGGCACCUGAUCCCCCACUUCAGUUGCAGCCCCCAUCCCAGCUGCAACCUGUGGACCUGGAGACAUUUCUGAAGGCAGCUGUUGAAAACCAAGAGCUCUUGAUUGAUAAGUACCUGGCAGAUGGUGGUGACCCAGACGCCCAUGACAUGUUUCACCGAACAGCCUUGCACUGGGCUAGUCUGAAAGGUCAUAGCCAAAUUGUAGACAAGCUGUUGGAGGCAGGUGCCACAGUGGAUGCUCGAGACAUGUUGGAUCGGACAGCUUUGUUCUGGGCCUGUCGUGGAGGGCAUUUAGACGUCCUUAAACAGCUGCUCAACCAGGGAGCUAAUGUCAAUGCCCAGGACAAGAUUUGGAGUUCACCCUUGCAUGUGGCUGUGCGAACAGGACACUGUGACUGUCUUGAACACCUUAUUGCUUGUGGGGCCCAAAUUGAUAUACAGGAUAAGGAGGGAGAUACAGCUUUACAUGAGGCAGUACGGCAUGGCCGUUACAAGGCCAUGAAGAUGUUGCUACUAUAUGGGGCCAAGUUGGGUGUUCGUAAUGCUGGGGCAAUGACACCAGUACAGCUGGCCCGAGAUUGGCAGAGAAGCAUCCAGGAAACACUGCGGGCCUAUGUUGGGCAUCCCCGAACACGUUGCUGAUGAAGAUGACAGACCUUGUAGAGGCUACUACCAUUCCAUCCCCUUCCCUUCUGUCCCUUCUUGUGUAGUAGACGACUAGUGUAUAGACAGGUGGUCAGGCCACAAGUUGGGUUUUUCCCCCCAAGUCUAUUAUUCCCUGAACCCCUUCUAUUUAUGUGUUCUACCAUGUUUGGCAAGGUGGUUGACUCCCUGACCUUUUGUCCAUUUCCCCCUUCAAUUCCUAGUAUUCUAUAUAGUAGAGCAUAUUGGUCCAGGAUUUCCUUGUCCUUCAACUUUUCACCUAUCCUGGUAGCUACCUCAGUGAUGAGAAGGUCAGAAUUCAGGAUGGAAAUUAUAUUAAGUACACUUAUAACUCUUAAGGGGUGUCCUAUUUGGUUUGAGUUGGUCAGAGAAAACUGUUCAGGUCAGUAAAGAAAUUACAAAUUUGUAAAGAAUGUAGGAGUGAAAUGAAAGUAAGGUUUUAAGAUACUCACAAAGAUGAAGUUAGGGCUACUGAAGAUUGAGAUGAGAACUCUGGCAGCGUGUCAACCAUGGUGCCCACAAAAGCUAUUCAGAAGCAUCAGAACCAGAGUUGUGCUCUUUUAGCCUGUGGUUGACCUAAACUUUGUUACAACUUAUCUAAGGACCCAUUUCCAUCAGCAGCAACCCUGAUGGGAUAUGAUGUAGUUUUGGAAAGCUUCAGCCUUAAGGACUCUUGAGUUGGUUGUUGUGACUUGCAGUAAACCAAACCCUAGAUCCACAACCAACCUGGUUGCUAAAGGGUCCUGUAAGACUGACAGUUUAGGGGUUAGACCACUCUGGUCCCCAGUCAUUUCUCUCUGCCCCAGGGUUUUGGUCAGAAUUUCUAUGACUUUCUGUUUUCACCAAGGCCUAGGUAUCAGUGUGACAGUCUCUUGCUCUGCAGUUAUUUGUAGCCCCCCCCCUCCUCCUGAAAUACAUGGAGGGGUGGCCCAAAUUCGCAAGGAUUGAGGCUUCCCUGACAUGGCAGUCAGUGCUGGGGUAGAUUGCCAUGGUGUUGAGGUGCCACCUCUCUUUCCUGCUUGUCAGAGAAGGAACUAUGCCUGCUGUCCUACAUCCAGCAAGGUUUGGAUUUUCAGGCUCCCUUGUGCUAAAAGCACAGGAAAGUUUGGCUGCAGAGAAGAUAAUGGAACUGAGUAUGAAUACAUUCUGGAUACUUUCUCCAUUUAUUUUUGUACACUGAAUGAUUAACUGAGAUCCUCUUUUUAUAUUACCUUUCUUAGUGGAUACUGAUAGAUGGAAUCCUAAGGCAAGUUUCUAUUGUCCUUACCACUAAGUUUUCUGCUUUCUAUUGUAUUGCUGAUCCAGUACUGCUGGUCAGGCUGAGAUCUUCAAAUCCACCAGAGACCUCUUCUUCAAAAACCUUGCUUUAGCUGACUGACAGAGGAGGAGGAGGAAACCCAAAAAAGGACAGGACCUCUCCCUUAGCCUGUUACAUGCUAUGCAAGUUCUCUGGGCCAGGCCUAGGCUAAAGGCCUGGAUUACAUAUUCUUAACAUGACAAGUGCCACUGUGGCUGCUAAUGUUCAUAGGCUUCUACUCCCCUUCAGCUUAAAGGGCUGAGUGAUCUCCACGUUGGAUGAGAGCAAUAGACUAAACCCACUCGUGUGGGUUGAAGUCAUAAACCUUCCACACACCAGCAGCCUGGCUUUGCCUUCUAGGCUUUGUAGUCUACAAGGCUAGGGCCAGAGGACAUAAGUUCUGUCACAUGAUUAUGGCAGUGAUUAAAAUGAGAAAAUGGAAAAAGUGCAAUAAGAGCAAAUGAAACAUUUUUAUAUGGAUCCAUUUUGUUGUUAUUCAUUAAAACUGAUUCUUUUUGUAGCCUGGUUAUACUCUAUAUUGGUGUGAAAAAGAAAAGGGAGAGAAAAAA